AAGAAAAAAGAACACAUAUAAACUAAAUCUGCAGAGACGCAGAGUAUCUUCAUCUUCACUACAGUUGUGCUCAAUUCCAAAUCCAUAUUGAACUGCAAGUUACGAUGAUUAGAAUCUUUGGUUAAUGUAAUUACCAAACUGACCUACUUAACCAAACCCGGCCACAGUGAGUCAGUAACUCAGCACCAGGCACGGCGCUCAGUUCUUGACCCCACGUGGCGCUCCGUGCCUCUCCUGACGUGUCCACGCUCCCCCCACUCCCUCUUUUUAAACCUCCUUCGUGGCCCCUUUUCUUUUUCAAACACAACAGUAUACCACUCAAAUCAUCUCUCACACACUCUCUCUCUCUCGCUCUCUGUAAUUCUCUUCAACAAUUUCAGAACCGUUGGAAGUGGCAGAAAUGGCAGAAACCUCUGGUCGUAAGCUGAUCGUCGAAGUCUGCAACGCCAAGAAUUUAAUGCCCAAAGACGGUCAAGGAACGGCGAGUGCCUAUGCCAUCGUAGACUUCGACGGGCAGAGACGGCGAACAAAGACCAAACAGAGAGAUCUCAACCCGGAAUGGGACGAAAAGCUCGAGUUUCUAGUCCAUGACAAUUUGUCCAUGGGCUCCGAGAUAUUAGAAAUCAAUAUCUACAACGAUAAGAAGAGUGGGAAAAGAAGCACUUUUCUUGGCAAAGUCAAGAUCCCAGGCUCUACCUUUGUGAAAGCAGAGCCGGAGAACACACUCGUUUACUUCCCCUUGGAGAAACGGAGCGUGUUUUCUCAGAUCAAAGGCGAGUUGGGAUUGAAGGUUUACUAUAUCGAUGAAGACCCACCAGCGACAGCGGCGGCGGCGGAAGACCAGAAACCUGCAGCGGAGGAUAAGCCGCCGGAGAAGCCAAAGGAAGAGGAAAAUAAGCAAGAAGCAGCUAAACCUCCGGAGGAGAAGCCGAAAGAGGAGCAGGACAACAAACAAGAAGAGAAACCGAAAGACGAGGCUAACAAACCUGAAGACAAGCCCACGGCACCGGAAAAUACCCCAAAAACAGAGGAGGCUUCUUCAGCUGUUGCGGCUCCACCGCCAGAGGUAGAGAAUCCACCGAUUGCUUACAGUGAGAAGCAAAAUCAAGACAAAGAGAUGCAUGUAGAGAGGAAGGAUUUGGGCAUCAACGAGAUGGAGCUCCAACCUUUGGCCCGGGAUCGAAGUCGGAGCGCGUACGAUCUUGUAGAUCGGAUGCCGUUUCUUUAUGUGAAAGUUGUCAAAGCCAAGAGAGCAGAUGGUACUAAUUCAUCAGCACCUAUUUACGCCAAGCUUGUGAUUGGAACCCAUAGCAUCAAAACAAAGAGCCAAAGCGACAAGGAUUGGGACCAAGUGUUUGCGUUUGAUAAGGAAGGGUUGAAUUCGACCUCUCUGGAAGUGUCUGUGUGGGUGGAAGAGGAGAUCAAGAAGGAAGGAGAAGCAGCUGCCACUCGUACGGAGACUAGUCUCGGAAUGGUGUCUUUCGAUUUGCAGGAGGUGCCCAAGCGAGUCCCACCGGACAGUCCUCUUGCUCCCCAGUGGUACACUCUCGACUCAGAAAAGUCGCCGGGAAAUGAUGUCAUGCUCGCCGUCUGGAUAGGGACUCAGGCCGACGAAGCAUUCCAAGAGGCCUGGCAGUCGGAUUCCGGUGGGUUGAUACCCGAGACCCGGGCUAAGGUUUAUUUGUCUCCGAAGCUCUGGUAUUUGAGAGUAACGGUCAUCCAAACCCAAGAUCUCCAGCUAGGUUCGGGAUCCGAGCCCAACAACAAGAAGGUUCGGAAUCCGGAACUUUAUGUGAAGGCUCACUUUGGGGCCCAACUUUUCAAAACAAGCAGGACUGCCGUGGGGUCCACGUUGUGUAGCUCAUCCAAUCCCACUUGGAACGAGGACUUGGUGUUUGUAGCAGCCGAGCCGUUUGAGCCGUACAUGACUGUGACCGUUGAAGAUGUGACCAAUGGGCAAUCGGUGGGGCACACCAAGUUACACGUGCCAAGCGUUGAGAAGAGAACAGACGAUCGGGCUGAGCCCAAGUCCAGAUGGUUCAAUUUGGUCGGAGAUGAGGCGCGUCCUUAUGCGGGUAGGAUACACCUGCGGGUUUGUUUGGAAGGGGGCUAUCACGUGCUGGACGAGGCAGCUCACGUGACCAGCGAUGUUAGAGCAGCGGCAAAGCAGCUGGCCAAACCUCCCAUUGGCUUACUUGAAGUUGGUAUUCGCGGCGCCACCAAUCUGCUUCCGGUGAAGAUCAAGAAUGGCAUGCGUGGGUCGACCGAUACGUACGUGGUUGCCAAAUACGGGCCGAAAUGGGUCCGAACCCGCACAAUUCUGGAUCGGUUUAAUCCGCGGUGGAACGAGCAAUACACUUGGGAUGUAUACGAUCCCUGCACUGUUCUCACUAUCGGCGUCUUCGAUAAUGGAAGGUACAGGCGCGAUGAAGCAGGAAAACCCGAGAAAGACAUUCGGGUCGGAAAGAUACGGGUACGGCUAUCCACUCUUGAUACGAAUCGGGUUUACAUGAAUUCGUACUCUCUUACAGUGCUGCUCCCCGGUGGGGCUAAGAAAAUGGGUGAGAUAGAGAUAGCCGUCCGGUUUUCAUGCUCGUCGUGGCUGACUCUGGUACAAGCCUACAGCACCCCAAUGCUUCCGAGAAUGCAUUACGUGCGCCCAAUGGGUCCGGCCCAACAAGACAUUCUGCGGCACACGGCUAUGCGCAUAGUGACGGCCCGGCUGGCAAGGUCGGAGCCACCGCUGGGUCAGGAAGUGGUUCAGUUCAUGCUGGACUCCGAUACGCACGUGUGGAGCAUGAGGAGAAGCAAGGCCAACUGGUUUCGCGUGGUGGGAUGUCUGUCACGUGUGGCGACACUGGCACGGUGGCUGGAUGGAAUUCGCACGUGGCAGCAUCCGCCCACCACUGUUUUAAUGCACGUGAUCCUGGUGGCUGUGGUUUUGUGCCCGCAUUUGAUAUUUCCGACACUAUUCAUGUACGCCUUCCUGAUCUUACUGCUGAGAUCGCGGUUUCGUCUAAGAGUGCCGGCCAACAUGGACCCUCGGAUCUCAUAUGUUGAUGCGGUGAGCCCGGAUGAGUUGGAUGAGGAGCUUGAUGGGUUCCCCUCUACACGGCCCACGGAUGUAGUUCGAAUCCGAUACGAUCGAUUGCGGGCCCUUGGUGGGCGGGCUCAAACUUUGUUGGGUGACGUGGCAGCCCAAGGAGAGCGUUUGGAGGCCCUGUUCAGUUGGAGGGACCCAAGGGCAACCGGAAUAUUUGUUGUCUUCUGUUUGGUGGCGUCUUUGGUGUUUUACGUGGUGCCAUUCAAGGCUUUUGUGUUUGGGUCAGGGUUCUAUUACCUGCGCCAUCCUAGGUUCCGUGACGAUAUGCCGUCAGUUUCCACCAACUUUUUCCGGCGACUUCCAUCCUUGUCUGACCAGAUCAUGUAGAUGGUCCGGUUCAUCUGUUUUCGGGGUCUGUUGGUGAAGAUCCAAGUUCACUAGCUCAUAAAAUGUUUUGGGUAUUUCUUUUUGUAUCCGGCUACCUAUUUGAUAUGAACAUCAUUUCUUAUGUAACUUGAAAUAAUCCAAGGAAACAUUAAAGUUGGUAUUUAUUCAUUGCUUCAUUAAGA